UCGAAAUAUAGAUUCCAUAAAAUUCAAUAAUGACUAUAUUACCGAAAAAGAAACAAUCAAAACAGACAACAAAUGAAGAACAACAACAACAACAUCAUGUUGGUCAUUCAUCAAAUGUUGUUGUUGUUGGUGGUGGAUUACAACAGCCACCAUCAACAACAACACAAUCAUCAUCAUCCAUUGUUGGUGGCCAAAUAAUCGAUGUUAAACGUCCAGCACCUGAUAAUGGACAUAUAACACAUGGAUCACAAUUAUCAAGUAAACGUAGACAUCGUUUACAACAACAACAACAACGUAGUAAUAAUGAUGAACGUAAUCAUCUUCAUCAUCAUCAUUCACAUCAACGAUUAAUCAAUAAUGCUAAUAUACGUUCGAAUCAAUCGAAUUCUAUACGUUCAACAGCAACAACAACAACAACAUCAUCAUCAUCAUCAUUACCUGCAAUAGCAUUACCAAUAACAACAACAGCAAAAACAGAUCAAGAUUCAAUCAUAAAUGUACCGGGUUGUAGCAAUAAUAAUAAUAAUGAUAAUAAUAAUGAUGAUGAAGAAGAAGAAGAAGAAGAUUUUUCCGGUUAUAAUAGUGGUGAUGAAUAUCAACGUAAUAAUUCAAAUGAUAAUGAUCCAUCAUCACAAACCGAUUGGGAUGAAAAAGAACGUCAAUUUGAACGUAUGAUUCGAAAAAAAGGAUUCAAUAUUAAAAAAAUGUCUGAAGAUGGUGCUUGUUUAUUUCGUGCAGUUGCUGAUCAAGUUUAUGGUGAUCAAGAAAUGCAUUCAGCAGUUAGAAAAUUAUGUAUGGAUUAUAUGGAAAAAAAUGGUGAUUAUUUUUCCCAAUAUGUAACGGAAAAUUUUGCCGAUUAUAUUCGACGUAAACGUUGUGAACAUAUACAUGGAAAUCAUAUUGAAAUACAAGCAUUAAGUGAAAUAUUUAAUCGACCAAUACAAGUUUAUCAUUAUUCAUCUGAACCAAUUAAUAUUGAAAAUUGUCAAAAAACGGAAAAUGAACCAAUAAGAUUAUCGUAUCAUCGUAAUACACAUUAUAAUUCAAUUGUAAAUCCAUAUAAAGCAACUAUUGGUGUUGGUCUUGGUCUGCCGGCAUUCAAACCAGGUAUUGCUGAAAAAUCUUUGGUAGAAAAAGCAUUAUUUAUGUCUGAACAACAUGAAUUGGAACAGGCAAUGUUAGAAGAUAAAAUUCGUGCAACAGAUUGGGAAGCAACAAAUGAAGCAAUUGAAGAACAAAUUGCACGUGAAUCAUAUAUUGAAUGGCUUCGUGAUAAUGAACGACGUUCACGACAAACAAUGACAAAAUCUUCAUCAACAACAACAUCAUCAUUGAAUAAUAUUGAUGAGGAUUCGAUUUCCAACAAAAAUAAUAACAUAAAUUCAUCAUCAUCAUCAUCACCAAGAUGUUAUUCACCACGAUGUUCAUCAUCAUCCGCGGCCGCAUCGAUGGCAGCCACCACAUCAAUGAUGAUGAUGAAAGGUGGCUCUUCUUCGAAUCAUCAUCAUCAUCAUCAUCAUAAUCAUUAUCAUCAACAACGUUCAAGUCCGAAACGUUCGAAUGAUUCGACGAUGAUGAUGAUGAAACCACCACCAACAUCAUCAAGAAGCCCAAAAGCAGCAACAACAACAAUAAAAAAUGCUAAUGAUGAUGAUGAUUCUAUUGUGACUGCCGCAUCAACAUUUCUUGAUGAAUUACCUGCAUCAUUUCUUGGUUUAAAUGAUUUUGAUAUAUCGGAUCCAUUAUUAGCUCAAGUAUUGGUACAAUCACAAGCUGAAUAUUUGGAAUCAUUGAAACAACAACAACGAAAAAAUUCUGAUAUAAAUCCUAUGAAUAAUGAAUCAUCAUCAUCAUCAUCAUCGACAACAGCGAAUAACAUUUUGAAUGAUGAACAACAACAACAUUUAAUAUCGCUUCCAUCGACAUCUUCCAAUGUUAAAAAUCAACAACAUUUAUUAUGAGAAAUUGGAAUAUAAACAUUUCGUUAAGAAUUCUUUUGAAUUUGUACAAACACACACUAAUUGUCUCCAUAAUAUAUAGAUUGUAUUAUUAUUUUCAAUUUGAUUGAUAUAAUUAUUAUCAUCAUCAUCAUCAAUGACAAAAUGAAAAACGAAAUUAA